GGAUAUAUUCAAUAUACGAGUCGUGUCCUCAAUAUUAUUAUUUCAUGACUUUCACUAUUUUUUUCAUAAUUUAUCAAUUUAUUCCAUUGUGUGGUUAUUAAUUGGUUAAAUUCACCUGUGUAUAGAUAGUAGGUGAAAUGAAAAAGCAAUACAGUCAUUGAAAAAAAAUCACUAAUCAUUCGCUUCGUCAUUGUUUUGUCGAUAAAAAAAAAAUUUCAGAAAAUAUUCCUGAUUCCCAUAUUUCAAAAGAAUUGCUUAUCACAUUGCUUCACUGGAGUUACUAAUUUCAAUAUUCCUGAAACAACAACAACCAAAUCAGAAUCAUUAUGUCUGAACAUAAAUCGAAAACAUUUCCCGCAAUGAUGCCACAACAGCCAACGCCCCAAUCGAAUACUUCAUCAUUUACAAUGAUGACAUCACCACCGUCCAUGCCACCGCCACCGUCGCUUUCUGAGAUCACAAAAACAACACGUACAAUUAAUCAACGACGUUUAUCCGAACGUAAAAGUUCACAGGAAUUAUUUCAACAACCAAAGCUCAAAAUGCUAUAUGGAAAAGAUCUAAAAGAAUAUGAUAAUCUUAAUGUUGAAGAUUUAUUGGGACAAUUAUCGGCUGAAGAAUUGGAACAACUUAGCUCUGAAGUAGAUCCUGAUGAUAGUCUAUUACCACCAUCACAACGUUGUAAAGAUCAGACGAAUAAAGAUCCAACUGGACCGUUAAAACGGCGACAAUUGUUGAAUUUUCUAACGAAAUUCGCUAAAGAACAGGAAGAUUGGCCUGAGAUUAAAAAAUUUGUUCCCGGUGUUAAAUUAGGCAAAGUAUGGGUACCAAAACAAGGGGAUCCAAAAGGUGGAAUGGAAGAAAAAAUCAUUCUAGAUCUCGAAGAUGGUGCCGAAGAAGCGUUGGGCAAUGCCACAGAAGCCGAUUUGGUUGAUUUGGCUGGUAUUCUUGGUCUACAUUCAAUGCUCAAUCAAGAUCAAUAUGAAGCAUCCAUAUUGAACAAAGGACAACCAUUGGGCGAUAAAUUUGAAUCGAUUGUUAAAUCAACAAAACCUAAAAAAAUCCUACCACCUGAACCGGAUAAUAUGACCGAUCCGGAAAAAACGGCUAAACAAGUGGCGGAAAAUGAUCCAAAUUUAACUAAUCUAAAUUGGAACAAUAUCAAAUACAUACCACGUGAAACAUUUAAAAAAUUAUUUAAUGGUUUAAAGACCAACACCAAUCUAAUUGAAUUGAAUCUUUCAAAUACCGGACUGACCGAUGGUCCUGCUGAGAAAUUAAUGGAAGCAUUAAAAGUCAAUGAAUCAUUGCGAAAAGUGAAUCUGGAAUCCAAUUAUCUAUCCGGUCCCAUGAUACGUGAUUUGAUUGAAGCUUUAUUAGAUAAACAAAAUAUUGUCGAAUUCCGUGCCGCUAAUCAACGUCCACAGAUCAUGGGCAAUCGAUAUGAAAUGGAAAUUGCUAAACUAAUUCAACAGAAUAAAACCCUAUUGAAAUUGGGACUUAAUUUCGAUGUUCCAGAUGCUCGACAUAAAGUGGCCACACAGCUGCAAUUAAAUAAUGAUAGUUGUCGUCUUAAACGUUUAGCUUCGGUUGAAGGUUAAUCGAUGAAACUUAUAUCACGGAUAAUUUUGGCAACAAUCGAAACCAAUUUAGUCAAAUCAAUUUUAAAUUUGAUACAAAAAAAUGUCUAGUUUUUUUCAUCAUUAUCUUCCACGAAACAAGGCUCUAAAUGAAAAUCAACGAAUGAAUUUGAUGCACAUUGAAGAAUAUCCCGUUUUUCUCUUGUAAUUAUAUUAACCAGAAAAAAUCAUUUAAUUUUUAAAUAGUUCAUAUUUACCUACUACACACACAGACAACAUGUAUUCAUCAUUUUGUUUUAAUUAUAAUUAAUUUAAUCGACAAAAUUCACAAGUUCGAUAAACAUGAGACAUAGACAUAGAUACACCGCAGAAAGAAAUUCGAAUGUUUUGCAUUUUUUUUUUGUUUCACAAUUCUUUAAUCUUUUUUAUAUAAAGAAAAAACAAAAACAUCCAUACACACACACACUUGUACUAAUAUAUUAUAAACUAUUCUUAUAAAGAAUUUUAACACACAAA